AUGAAUAAAUUUUAUAUUCAAACCGCUUUAUUUAUUUUAAGCAUUUUCGCAUAUGCAAAUAAUGGAGCCCUUGCAGCUGAACCUGCUCCAGGAGAAGAUAUAAAAGAUCAACCAUUAAGUCCUUAUGCUACUUCAGAAGAAAUAUAUGAAAAAAACAAACACUUAUUAUGUAAAUUCCCUGAAAAAGCUAUAAAAGUGGGCAAUAUUAUGAACGAUGCUGUAAAAUAUUUAGAAUACUAUGCUACAACCAAAGAUGGUUAUGAACCAUAUUUACAAAAUCCUACUGAUAGUAUAUCUUAUUAUAUAAAAAAAUUUGACGACGAGACAAAUAUUAUAAAAGCUCAUUUAAAUAUUUAUGAUUCCAGUCAGUAUAAUGCCAUAAUAAACAGGAUAUGGAAUCCCAAUGCCCCCAAUAUUUACAAUAAAGGCGCUGCUAAAAUUCUCCAAGUGUACAAUCCAAAUUUAAUGUUUAUUCGCCAAAUUUGCGAAAAAGAUUCUAAAGGCUAUCAGAAGUAUUUUUAUGCUUUCGUUUCAAAGACUGAAAUAUCAAAGGACAAAACUAUAAUUAUCAUGACUUCAGCAAAUGUAAAUGAUAGGAACCAUGCCAAUAUAGAAUAUAACAACCCAAUAUUAGAUUUUGCAGGUUUAUACAAAAUUUUCUUACAACCUAAAAAUGAUAUUACAGAUAAAAACUAUGUAAGAAUAUAUGUGAACUUAGCUGGAUACAUCAUUGAAAAAAAAGGCGAUAAUCUUGAAAUCACCUAUAUCGAAUCUAUUCAGGGACAUUCUUCCUUUUAA